CUUGGGACUCUUGGGCUAUGACUAAGGUCGGGUUCUUAAUUUUUACCUGAAAACUGAAAAGGGUUGAAAAUUUCAUAAGCAGGUCAACCGUUGACUACAAUCAAGUCAAUUGUUGAAAAUGGGUCGAGAAUUGUUUCACCUUAGGCCUAGUUAAUCGAUUAGCUACCGAACCCGCUCCAGGUCCAUUUAAGCAAGCAAUUAGCUUAACACUAGCCCAGCCCAAAAACGGCCCAGGCAAGGCUGCCGCCAUCGUCACCGAUUCAACACUCUGCGUUCAUUCCAGAUCUUCGAACAAUCGUGGUGGAGUUUAGUCGAGCUGAUUCCAGAAGCUGCAUCACGGCAAAAUGGCUUCAGGCGAUUCAAAUCGGCAAGAUGGAGACGCCGGAUAUACACCACCGCUGGCCGGGCGGCGAUCACCUUCUCCUUCGUUCUCCGAGAAUUGGAAGGAGCGUAUAUUAAUCCCCACAGUUCUGGCAGGAGCUGGUGGCGGAGGAUUCGGGUUGGUAUCUAAGCAACGGACAGUGCAAGGGUUCCCUCACGUUUCUGCUGCUUACGCUGCUAAUUUCGCCAUCGUCACUGGUUGCUACUGCGGUGCAAGGGAGUUCGUAAGAGUAACACGUAAAUCAGACCCUGAUGAUCUGCUGAACUCUGCCAUUGCUGGUUUCAGUACUGGUGCUCUUCUUGGACGUUUUCAAGCUGGCCAACUCGGCGCUAUUCGCUACUCUUUCAUCUUCGCUGUUGCGGGGACCUCAGUUGAUUUCGCUACCAUAAAACUCAGACCCAGACUAAAGAGUCUAAAAGAAUCCAUAUUUGGCAGCGAGGAAAACAAAGAUGGUGGGUGGAAGUUACCUGAGUGGUUUCCCAUACAAGUGCUCGACGAGGAAGCCCUGGCUAAGAAAGAAGCUAGAGAGAAACAACUUCACGCACAAAGAGCAGCUCUUGCAAAACUAACGAAAGGAGAGUCUUAAAAAAGCAAGAACCCUUUUUCGUAAUUUUAUCGGAGUCCCAGUUGUUUGCUUGUUUUAGCUGCCUGGCUUUCACUGCAACUGUAACUCAGCAAGCUGUGAGUUCUCAUAUUGUACAAAAGAAGUUGCAAGCCAUAAUAGAUUACUCGACUUCACUAUACUGGCAUACGAUACUUCCAGCAGGAGUGGAAUGUAUCGAGUUUUUUGCUGGGUUCGUGGUUCAACUUCUAUGAUUUAUUCACAAGUAUCUAAUGUGUUACUAAAGGUAAAUUCGAGACAUGGAGUAGUUUGGAUUCCGAUAUAGAUAAAGUAGAGUCACUAUC